UUUCUUUUCCAUUUUCCCUCGCUUUCUCUCUCUACUUCUCUCUUUCUCUCUCCUCUUUUGGAGAAAGAGAAACCUUCAUUCUUCUUCUCUUUCUCUUUCUAAAAAAUUUUUUUUCGCCAUUUUUUCUGCGCUUUCAGAUCACUCACCUAACCGUCGGUUUUUUUCUGGAUUUAUUGAUAUAAUUUUUAUUAUUAUUUUUUUUGAGGAGUUCGGCUCACGUCGACGAUCUGAGAGGAUUGUUGAUUUGGUUUGUUUGAGGAGAGGUGGUAUUGGGGGGUACAUUGGUGAUUUUUCGAUAUCGAAUUGUCGAUAUUGAGGACCCGGGGAAGGAGGUAGGGGAGAAUGGAAUUAGAGAGGGGUUUUUAGGUUUUUGAUUGAAUUUUUAACUUGUAGGUUUGGUUAAGGGGGAGAGAAACUCGGCCGAAUAAGUUGGUCGAGUUUGAAUGCAUUCGGAAUUUUGUGUGGAUUUCGAUAUAUGGAUAGAGAUAUUGUGUCAUUCCCUUCGAAGAGCCUGGAAGAACAAUGUUGUGAUUGUGGAUGUAGUUGUUCUUUGACAGUUAGCUCUUCGUCGAAUGAUCCUUGGUUACGGUCUGUGAAGAGGAAACACAAUGAGUUUGAGAAGAGCAGCCGUUUUUACAUCCCGGGGCUUGAUGUUUUGCCUGUUGCGCGUGUUGGGAUUGAAAAAGAAUGUGCAAUGUUGCGAGAGACGCUUGGCAACCAGCAGGCUACAAUUCAGGAGUUGUGUUCGGAAUUGGAGGAAGAGAGGAAUGCCGCUUCCUCUGCUGCUAAUGAGACAAUGUCCAUGAUUUUGAGGCUGCAGAGGGAGAAGGCUGAGGUCCAAAUGGAAUCUAGGCAGUUUAAGCGUUUUGCUGAGGAGAAAAUGUCACAUGAUGCUCAAGAGAUUUCUGCCUUGGAGGAGGUUUUAUACAAAAGAGAACAAACUAUUCAGUCCCUUACAUGUGAAAUUCAGGCCUAUAAGCACAGAAUGAUGAGCUACGGCCUGACAGAAUCAGAGGCAGAAGGGUUGAAGGGAAAUUAUAGUCGCAAUGCUAGUUUUUCUAGUGAGUUGGCAGGUCCUGGUGACUCACACUUUUCCUAUCCUCCACUAAGGUGCAGUAUGUAUGGAUCUCAAGAGCAAUUAGAGCUUGAAGAUGAUGUUGUGGAUAUUGAAAAUUACCCAUUUUCUGAGACUCCAGGAACUCAAGAUCUGAGGAGUUUGGAAUACAGGAUCAAUCAAUUGGAAGGAACUCCUCAGGAUGAUCAGAUAAAUGGAGACUUUGGCUCUAGAAAUGUUCUUGAGAAGGUUGUCGUUGGUCAGUCUCCAAGGCGGUCUAGACAUUCUAGGAGGAUUUCUACUGACAGCUCAGGUUCGGUGUUGGGGCCAGAUCACACAAUGGAUUCUCCUAGAUAUGGUACCAGUUUUAAAAAACUUGAUUGUGUAGCUGAGGAAUUAAAAAAUUCAGACAGUGCAUCUGAUUAUGAAGAUGAUAUGAGUGAUAGAGUUUAUACUAUUGAUUCUAUUCAUCCUGGGGCACCUUAUAACCAUUAUAUGGAGCCCAAGGUUGCUGCAAAGUUGGGUGAUGAGUAUGUAUCAACACCAAGAUCUCUAGGUCGUGGAGACCUGGGAGAUCCUGAGGUUAAGAAGCUAUACUUGAGACUUCAGGCUCUCGAGGCUGAUAGAGAAUCAAUGAGGCAGACAAUCAUGUCAAUGCAAACUGAUAAAGCACAGGUUAUGCUACUUAAAGAAAUUGCUCAACAGUUGUGCAGAGAUAUGACACCUGCAAGGCAUAUGCCUGUUCAAAAGUCAUCUAUUGUUGGGAGCUUUUCCAUAACUGCAGUUUUUAAGUGGAUCAUGUCCUUCAUUUUCUGGAGAAAGAAAUCACGUCAAAGCAAGUACAUGUUUGAAUUGACGGCGAAUAAUGUGGGUCUGCUACUGCUUUUGGAUAAAAACCCACGCUCCAAACUAUGGAGAUGUGUUUCAUCAACGCAAAUUCGAUAAGCUGAGCUACCAAACUUGUAGCGAGUUUGUCAAUUUAGGAGCUGCAUUUCCGGGCUUGCGUUUAGAUAAACAUUUGUUUCUGGAUUUAUGGAAUAUGGUUAUUUGUGCAGCGUUCUUUGUGAUUCAUUUUCCCCCUUUACCCUCCAUUGAAAAGUUUGGGGUUAAAAUUUGCUUAGCUGGUUCUUCAGCAAAAAUCAUGUGAUAUAGGCCAGUGUGCAGUUUGGUUUUUCUGAAAUUUUAGCAUUUGAGGUAGGUAUUUUGACAAAUUCUCCUGUAUAGUUCAAGAUUCAUGUAUUAUGUUAAAUUGGUGCUCAUUUUUUACUUUCAGAGUGAAAAAAAUGAAAUCAUAUAUUUGUUGUUCUCUCACAGUUUCAAACUAAUAAGGCAGUAAAACCUUUCCAGCUUUGAAGGGUGUA